CAUCAUUAUUAAAAAUUACUAUUUUCAUUACAACAUCUAAGUGUGUCUAGGCGAGCUAGGAGAUAGAUAAAUGCCCAAUGACCACCUUACGAUUAACGUGUUGUUGAACCUCAAUAAUUAUAGCAAACUUUGAGAGCAUCUUAUAAAUUCGAUCACUUCUAUUUGGUAUAAUUGAUUACAUCCUGAAACUGAUCAAUCAAGGAGUCUUUCAAUACGAUUUUGAUAAGAUGUCCCCUACUGCACAAUUAGUAUGACUAAAUUGUAAUAAGAUAAUCAUGUAUUAAAUUUUAUUUGAUACUGUAAAAGAUCGUACUAACUCAAGUAGAGUUUUAGCUACUCAGUACUUCAUAUUCACAUGUAGAUAGAUACUUGAAAGAGUUCGAAUAUUGAUUGAGUUUGUUGAACUUUACCUGACAAAACUAUGAUAUCAAUCGCAGGAUAUGAUGUUUUUUCGAUAAAUUGUGACUUGUGAGAAUAUGUUGGAGACAUCAAACAUAACAUGGACACUGUUGAAUUUAAGUAAUAAGCAACAUUCAUAGUCAAUAGAUUAUACAUGAAAAAAAUAUUCAUCAUUCCCACAAGUUGGUAGGAAGCAGUGAAUAAUUAGGAAUGGAAAGCUAGAAACAUAGUUGAUUUAACAAAUAACUGCAAAAAAUAUUGGAAAAAGGAAAAAAAAUGCUUAGAGUGUAGGCAUGAGAGUGUUACUACAUUAAACCCGCAAACAGAAAGCAAGCAAUCGUUAAUAGUUAGCUGUGGAUAUUGAAAUAGUGUACUAAGCUGAAUAUUAUAUACUGGUGAUUAAUAAUUGGACCUUAGCGUGAACAUUGCAUCAUGUUGAUAAAAAUUGUUUCAUUAAUUACAAUGCUGAAAUAAGGGUUGUAUAUGGAAGUCUUGAUUGUUUUUUUAUAUUGUUAAAAUAAAUACAUUUUUCAUAAUACAAUACAUAUGUUUUUAUUUUUGUUCAUACACAAUCGUGAAUUAUUUGCUUGCUUUGAUUAAACUAUCACUCAAAUUGAAUGAUUAAACAAAUUCGAAUUUUAGCAUAGACUGUCGAGAUAAUUGGUAUCGGUGUUUGUCAUGUUUAUUUUUCUUGAAAUGUAUGGUACCAAUGCUCUUAUGUCGUCAUUGAACACUUCAAUUCAAUGCGCAAUAUUCCAACCAAUGAUAUUUAUGUUGAGAUUUUAAGAUUAUACUUCAUUUAUAAGUUAUAAAAAUUUUAAAUUUAAUUAUUAAAAUAUGAAAAUAUAAUUAUCAAACACCACAAAAUACUUACAGGAGACUUAGCAGGCUAACUAACCGUGAUAGAAAAUUACUCUGUUUUUCAUAAUUUUAACUUCCUCUAUGUUUUGUAUUAAUAAAGUAUAACAAAUGUGUCUAGUCUUAUUGGUUACAAUUCUUGUCUUUGAUGGAAGAGACCAUGGUUCAAAUCGUAGCAUUGAUAUAUUUUUAUAUGAAAUAAAAAAUUGAUUGUGUAGAUGAAAAUACCCUUCCUACUUUCACUCUCGUUGCAGGAAAUUUGAAAUGAAACAAAUCAAACUCUUUAAAAUGUACUAGCUUGUAACCCGACCCGUUGGUCGGAGGAGAUGAGCCGAAUAUUGAAUUAUUGGUAUAACCCGUAGAUUCAACCAUUAAGCUAAAUUGGUCUAAUGGUGAGUAUCGCCUAGCAUAUCCCUAAUAAUCAUACCAAAGUGAAUAUAUUGGAACAUAAACAGUACAUCAAAAGUUGGUACAACCAUGAAGUUAGACCAUUAAAAACAUACCAAUGAAAUUGAAUAGCAUCGAAAAACUUCAACUUCAUUAUAUAAUUACAUGAGAUCAGAAAAAGAACACCAUUAAUUUGAUUUAUAAAACUUUCAUCUUGUCGUCAUUGUGCUUUCUGGUUUUUGUCAGGCCAUGAUAAAAUCUAAGGAAAUCAAGAACGAACAACACGAUUUGGGAUAGGAACCGUCGUUGUCGUAUUCCUAGAGAAUGGUGGUAAACACGGACUCACCUGCCAAACUGGUUUGGAUUGAGAUUUUUAUCGGGUAUCAGGGAACCAUGUGAUUAUAAAUUAGACUUGAUCAAAACGGGCCAAAACUCAAAAUUCAGCCUGUUUGACCGAACCAUGCAAAAUUCUAAUUAUUCGUUACUUUUAAACUUUCUAUUUGAAAAUAAAAAAUAGUGAAAGAAAAUAGAUGACUGCAAUUCGCCAUUUGCACAUCACUUAUUCGGGAAUAAAACUAUAGAAAUUCAAAAGAAACUGAAAAUGUUUAGGAUCAUUUUAAUGUUUAAAAUAACCAAAUGGAUCUUUCUGUUUAGUUUUUUACUAACAAAUACCAAGCGAUUCCCUAUAAAAUACACUAUAAUUUUAUCAUUAUGAUAUCAAAUAAUUAUAUAAUAUAUAUUUGAAAUGAUAAAAAUUGGACUAAUUGGGUUGGUCGAGGUUGAACCAUUAAAUAACUUUAAACUACAUUAUAUUUUAGCCACUAAGAUAUAAAAUAAUAUAAUAAUAUAUAUUAUGCUAGAGAAAAUAGCUUGUUUUAGAAUGUCAAACCAAUUAUGUUCAUUUGUUUUACUUGAUGGCCAAAUCUGGUGUAGGUCAGGCCCAUUCUACUCUUUUAUUUUAUGGUUAGCGGUUAGCCCAUUAGAUACCAUGUAUUAGUUUAUUGUUAAAUUUUUGUUUUUAGUAUAAAAAGAAGUAUUGUUUUUGCUUUUUCAUAUAUAUUUUAUCACCACGGAGAAAUACAAGGGCUUAAAGAAAAAAAUUGACACUCCUGAACCCGUUUAAAUCCGCAUGUGUACGGUAAGUUGGCCCGUUCCACAGAGGAAAGAGAAAAAAAUUAACACUACCUAUUCUACCCUUCCUACAAACGCUCAUGGAGCAGGGAAUUCGAAAUGGGGGAAGGGGUUUUUUCUCCCUGCUAUUAUAUGUUUUUGAUUUAAAAAGAUACAACAAAUGUACUUAGUGUGAUUGGUUAUGUUCCUUGCUUUUCUUUAAAAUGGACAUGGUUCGAAUCCCAGUAUGUGUCUUUUUAAUGAAUAAAAAAAAGUAAUUGUGAAGACCAAAAUGUCCUUCCUACUUUCACUCUCGUUGCAGGAAAUUUGAAAUGGGGCUCCCGUUUUUUCCUUGUCCUUCCUACUUUCACUCUCGUUGCAGGAAAUUUGAAAUGGGGCUCCCGUUUUUUCCUUCGGUGUAUUAUAUUAUGUGUAGAUAGAUGUAGAUUAUAAGUAGUGUAGAUAAGCUUAGGGAGUUUCUUAAGUUUAUGCUGGCCAAUAAGAGAAUGAGAGAGAAGAAUGAGGUCUAACUAACUAGAAGGGCGGGGGACGAGUCGCGUUGUUACUUAACUUACUUUCAGGGUCUGUUAAUACUGAAGAGAGGUUUUUAGAAAAAUGCUCUCAACUCUGACCGACGGAGGCCCUCCUCCAAUUUCGUCUCAACCGCCAUCGGACCGCCCCCCCCCCCCCCACCAACCUGCACAAGUUAGCUCUCCGAUGCAGUGUAACAGCCCUCUCAAUCAAGCUCAAUCAAUGAAUUUCAAGGCUGCCCUUGCCGAAGCUGCUACGACGACUCAACCCACUGCAGUUCAAUGGACUUUUGUGGCUCCAAUGACUUGGAAUCUAAGUCCUUCCAAGGGGAACCAGCUCUCAAGGUCUCUUCAGCUUUCAAGGAAAGACUCUGCCAACCAUGGAAGAGAACCUUAAUAGUUCGACUCCUCGGAAAAUCGGUCUCAUAUGCCUACCUCUGCUCCCAACUGCGAUGGAAAUGGAGGCCGAUCGGAUCUUUGGAAAUCAUGGAUCUGAAUAACAACACCUUUUUGGCUACCUUUGGGAACGAUCAGGAUUAUUUAAGGGCACUCACAGGAGGACCGUGGAUGAUUCUGGACCACUAUUUGGUAGUUCAUCAGUGGUCUCCUUCUUUCCGAACUUCUGAUAAGCCUCAUCGAUCGGUUGGAGCAUGGAUACAAUUACCAGAGUUACCAGUACACUUUUAUCAUAGGGAGGUCUUGUUUGCCCUGGGGAACCUUAUUGGAAGAACGAUAAAACUGGAUUACCACACGGAGCACAUGGAAAGGGGGAAGUUUGCCCGAAUUGCAGUGGAAUUGGAUAUGUCUAAACCCCUACCGACACGGAUCUGGCUCGAUGGCUUCUGGCAACAGGUUCUUUAUGAAAACCUUCCAACAAUCUGUUACGGUUGCGGUCGCAUAGGCCAUGAAGAAAUUUCAUGCCCAGAAAGGAUGAUUACCCCCACCAAUGCAAUAAUCGCGAUUCCCGAUUCCAAUCCAACAGUAGUGUCUCUGGUGACUUCGCCGGAACCGCCCGCCGGCUAUGGUCCAUGGAUGCAAGUCACCCGGAAAACUCGUCGGCACAAUAGGAAAGGAACAGAGUCAACAAGCGUUAAUGGUGGCAAUCUCCAAGGAAAUCGCGUGGAUUCGGGAAGAAUUUCGACUAUUUCUAAAGGAAAGACAGAGACCCCAACGGGAAAAAGCAAAAUAGAUAUCAAAGGGAAAGGGGAGGAUAUACAGGGAGCUAAAAAAGGUAACUCAAAUAUUGGGAAAGGUAAGCUGUCUUCAGAGGGAGUAAACUCCAACGGAAACAAGAAAAUCCCUACUUCACAGGAGUGGAGAGUAGUGGGCCAAAAGGAAAUCCAAUCUGCAGAAUCGAACAAGGAUAACAAAUCUAGCCCAACCACGAGCCCAAAGGAUCCCUCGACAUCGGGAAGUAAGAGUAGCCCAGCUCAACAACGUCCCUCCCCAUCCAAUACCACCAUUCGAGUAAUCCCGGUACCACCCCUGGAAACACACCCAAAAGAAAAUGUUAAUCCAAAUUUGGGGGAAUCUUCCGUCAGACACCACUACCCAAAGAAGCAAUCAAAUAGAAGCCCUGGGAAAGAGAAACAUAAGGGGGUUACGAUCAGAAACACUAAAAAGCCUCUGCAAAUUCGCUCACCUCCCAAAAGAGACUCAAUGUCAAAAGCAAGACAACCCCAAUUUCCAGUCACGAUGAACGACAUAGAAGAGUUUCUCACACAGUCCCAGCGGAAAUUGAUUGACACCCCGACGCUAGGACAGCUCGCUAACUCCGACAUCGCGAUGAAGGAGAAUGAUUUGGUGGAGCGAGUAGAAGAUCCCACGACUCAGACGGAGCAGGAUUCUACUUCCAUCAAACCCUGCUGAUUUGCUCCUCUGACUCUCUUUCUCUCCUUUUAUCUCUGUAUUUUUGUUAUCGUUCUUUGCCCAAAUUUUAAAAUCCUCUCCUGGAAUGUGUGUGGUGCAUGAAGUAAGAAGUUCUUAAGAGCUAUCAAGCUUCUGGUCAACACUCAUCACCCGGAUUUUUUGAUCAUUCUUGAACCCCAAAUCAGUGGGGAUAGAGCCGAUUCAGUUUGUCAUAGAUUGGGUUUUGCGGAGAUUCUUCGGGUAGAUGCUGAGGGACGUUCGGGAGGGAUCUGGCUGGCUUGGAAGAAUAAUAAUUUCAAGAUUGAGUUAGUAGAAGCCAGCAGGCAACAUAUCACUAUCACAGCCUCUUACAACAAUUCUCAGCAUUGGCUCUUGACUGCAGUGUAUGGUAGCCCCAAAUAUCGUUUCCAUUCAAUCUCUGGGAUCAGCUCAUUCGCACUAGUCAAUCUCACAAUCUGCCCUGGAUUAUUACUGGCGACUUUAACGCCUUCGGCCUGCCGGAAGACAAGAUGGGCCCAGCCACUUCUACUGAUCUUCGUCGCUGUCAACAAUUCUGCAAUUGGAUGGAUGAAGCAGGACUCCUAGAUCUCGGUUUUAAUGGUCCUCGUUUCACUUGGUAUAGAGGAGAGUCGCUUGCUACCAGAAAGGCAAGCAGAAUUGACAGGUCCUUAUGUAACUCACAGUGGAAUGCGAUCUUUCCUAAUACUACAAUUCAACAUCUGGCUAAAUUCCACUCAGAUCAUCUACCAAUCCUCUCUACUGUAGUCAGUCAGCAACAACCUGCCAGCAAUAUCUCAUUCCCCUUUAGAUUUGAAGAUGCCUGGCUCUUGCACAAAGAGUUUCCGGAUCUGAUCGCUAGUAAAUGGAAGAAAGAUGUUGGUUUCCAUCAAGCCAUUAAAGAAAUUACUCCCAUUAUGCAGAAUUGGAGCAAGGAAGUUUUCGGUUCUAUCACUCAGAAGAAAAGGAGACUCCUAGCCAGACUUCAAGGAGUAACCAAUCGUUUGUCCAAUACUUUCAGCCCCGCCCUUCUCAAACUUCAAAUCAAACUCGAACAGGAAUUAGACUCAGUUCUAUCUCAAGAAGAGCUUGUAUGGUUUCAGAGAGCGAAGGAGAACUGGGUUAAGCUUGGUGAGCAAAACACUUCUUUUUUUCAUCAACAAGCUACCAGGCGCAAACGCAGGAACAAGAUCAUCACUCUCCGGGAUAUAAAUGGGAUAUGGAUUGAAAAUCAAGAUCAACUGCUCGAUUUGGUUCUCAACUUCUAUUCCGCCCUUUAUACCCAAGACAAUGACCAGUAUGAGGAUCUUCUUCCCAAAAACUGCUUUCCGCAUUUAUCUCAAGAAGAGAUCAGCAAACUUCACUACCCUAUUAACAUCACUAAUACUCACUUAUCAGUUUUUGGUAUGAAACCCUUUUCAGCGCCAGGUUCAGAUGGUUUACAGGCAGUAUUUUAUCAGAAAUUCUGGCAUGUCCUGGGUAAAAAUCUAUCUGAGAUGGUGACAAAAUUCUUCGAUACAGGAGAGCUGCCGGAGGAAACUUUCAACUCCACCAUUAUCUUGAUCCCUAAGGUAGAAUGCCCGGAAUCUCCAGCCCAGUUUAGGCCGAUCUGCCUAAACAAUGUCACACUCAAGAUCAUCACCAAUAUCAUUACUAACAGGUUGAAACCUCUUAUGCCGAAAUUGGUAGUCCUAACUCAGAGUGGUUUCAUCCAAGGAAGACAAACAACUGACAACAUUGUUAUCUUCCAAGAAGUCCUACACUCCCUCAGAAAGAGGAAAGGUUUGAAAGGGGGACUUGUGAUUAAAAUAGAUCUUGAGAAAGCUUACGAUCGUCUAAGAUGGGAUUUCAUAAGGGAUACGCUCAAGGAGAUAGGCAUGGCAAGCACCUGGAUCAGCAGAAUUAUGGAGUGUGUUGAACGGAAUAAGAUGAGAAUUAAAUG